UUAAUGAGGAAGGAAACAUGCCUGCGCCACGGAAAAGCUCCGAGCGGUAAAGCUGUCUCCGCUUCAUGCGCGCUGCCUCCUAUUUCCCCAGCCUCUCUUUCGACUUUAUUGCGCAUAUUAGCAGUUUCCUCUGCAGCAGCAGACUACUGUGCAACAAGUUUUGCAGGAGCCCCCACAACGCGCCGCCAGACAGGUUGGAAGCGGAGACGCGCAGCGCUCGUCUACCCGCCGCUGUCACCCCACAGCCACUGUGCGCAGCGUCGCAGACAAACACACGCACGCACGGAGAGCUAGUGUGCCACUAAAUUCGUGACUCCGCGCCAGAUGCGGUUUGCUCCCAACGGCACGUGUAGUUGUAGUUAAAUGGAGAUCGCGGAGGCAAGAGGAGCAUCUAAGUGCGUGGAGACGAAAAUGGAGAAAGAAGUGGCGUCUCACAAGCGACAAUAUUGCCGCACGACAGCGCUGAACAUAAUCUCGUCUUUAUGUUCUGUGGCGUCCGUAGCGUUCUGCAUUCUCCUGAGCAUUAACGCGGCUGAUAUCAAGCACCGAGUUGUGGAUUUGGAGAGUGGCAAAGGCGAGCACACCUUCAUCCAAGCCCCCGGCUACUCCAUGGAUGAUUUUAAUUCACUGGUUCAGCAAAGAGUGGAUGAGCUGCUCUCUCAGCGCACCUAUGAGAAUUUUGUCAAGAUUCGGACUGCCAGGCAAGCAUCACCUGAAUGCAACUGCCCUCCAGGACCUCCGGGGAAGCGAGGAAGACGAGGCCGCAACGGAGAAACUGGACCUCCUGGCCCUCCAGGUCCAAAGGGGGAAAAGGGGGAUCAAGGCGACCAGGGACCUCGGGGAUUGCCUGGUCUCCCUACGCUGGCUGCUUUGCACAGCAAUCAGAUCCUGACUGUCAAGAUGGUCUUCCCUAAGAUCAAUCAUGGCUUUCUUUCCGCUGACCAGCAGCUCAUAAAGCGACGGCUCAUUAAGGGAGAUCAGGGGCAGGCGGGACCACCCGGGCCACCAGGGCCACCGGGCCCUCCUGGACCGAGAGGGCCUCCAGGUGACACUGGAAAGGACGGACCCAGAGGUGUUCCUGGUCUACCAGGCGAUCCAGGGCAGCCUGGAGAGACUGGACCCAUGGGACCUGAGGGGCCACAAGGGCAAAAGGGCUCACUUGGCCCUCCUGGCAUCCCUGGCGUUGACGGACUGAAGGGGGAUGUUGGCAUCCCAGGACUGGACGGUGUCCCAGGAGUUAAGGGUGAAAUGGGAGAACGAGGUGAAAAGGGCGAUAUGGGUGAAGAAGGACCGAAAGGUGAUAUGGGGGAGAAGGGAGACGCAGGAUCUUCUGCAGCAGGCAUCAAGGGUGAACCUGGAGAACCUGGACGAAGUGGACAUAAGGGAGAGCCAGGACUUCCAGGGCUGCCUGGACUCCCAGGGAUAAAGGGUGAGCCUGGAUUCCUUGGUCCCCAGGGAGAGCCGGGGCUUCCAGGGCUCCCAGGAACGAAGGGCGAGAGAGGCGACCACGGACCACCAGGAAAAGGUGAACGAGGAGAAAUUGGACCUAUCGGGCCAAAGGGUUCACAAGGAGAGGCCGGUACACCCGGACCGAAAGGGUCAAAGGGGGAGACUGGAGAUAAAGGAGACUUGGGGUCUCUUGGCCCAAGGGGCCCUCCAGGGCAGAAAGGAGACCAAGGAGCCACGGAAAUCAUCGACUACAACGGAAACAUUCAGGAGGCUUUACAGAAGAUUACCACUAUUACAGUUACGGGUCCUCCAGGGCCUCCUGGGCCUGAGGGACCACAGGGCAUGAAGGGGGAUCGUGGGAUGCCUGGUCUGCCUGGACUCGAUGGAGAAAGAGGGUACAAAGGUUCCAAAGGAGAUAUGGGAAUGCCUGGAGCUUCAGGAGACAAAGGAACAACCGGCUUACCUGGCUUACCUGGUGUCAACGGGGUGAAAGGGGAUAAAGGAGAUCCAGGACUACCUGGUCCUCAGGGUCCUUCUAUUAUCGGCCCUCCAGGAGCACCAGGGCCUCACGGACCCCCAGGACCUAUGGGACCCCAUGGCUUCCCCGGACCCAAGGGUGAAGGUGGUUUACAUGGUGCGAAGGGUAUAAGAGGAGAACCGGGACACAAAGGAGACCGCGGGCCUUUGGGUCUCCCCGGCAUGGAUGGACCUCCGGGUCCCGCUGGUCCAGCUGGGCCCAAGGGUGACAUCGGUGAGAGAGGAGCACCAGGCGAGCCAGGACCAAGAGGACCUUAUGGACUACCUGGAGCUGCUGGAACACCGGGGCUGGAUGGGUUGCCAGGCUUAAGGGGAGAGAAAGGCGACGAUGGGGAAAGAGGAGAAAAGGGGGAGAAGGGAAAGAAGGGCAAAAAAGGGCCUAAGGGCGAGAAAGGAGAACAGGGUGCCCCGGGAUUAGAUGCACCCUGCCCAUUGGGCCCGGAUGGAUUACCAAUGCCUGGAUGCUGGCAGAAGUGAUCGCUCUAACCCCGAAAACGCAUGGAGUUUGUAAAUAAUGCUUCUUUUUUGGUAUUUAUAGUUUUUUAAUGGAAAACAAGUCUAAAAGAAAAGAAGUCUAUGUGUACAAUGAUACAAAAAGAGAUAACCGUCCCGAGUUUCAUGCCCUGCGCUGCUUCUACUCGCAUCGCCGUGUGGAAAAUUUAAAAAAAAAAAAAACGUGUCCGAGUUCAGAUCCUCGGCUGGGUGGCAGAACUGGUCUCUUUAGUCUUUGCAUGGCUCAGACUGGAGCGUCGCAGCCCGGCCAGAUUGGGUUGGAAGGAGGAAGCGGAGGAUUUGGGAGGCGGAGGAUCUGGACCGGCUCCCUAACACCAAACGCUAGGUGUUGUGUGUUGUUUCGUCUCAACAAGCCUCAUUCAUGCCAUUUUCUCAAAGACUAAAAAGAAAAAAGAGACUGUGCCAAGCAGAACAUUGCACCCCUCCUGAAAAAGCAUGAGUAGUGUACUGAAACUAUAUUUAUAUGUAUUGUACAUACAUGUCACUGUUUGUGGUUGGCUUCUGCAAAAAAAAAAAAAAAAAACAACACUAACUAGAAAAACUACAACCUCAGAGCUUUGAAUUAGUAAUAUCUGCUUUCCUUUAAUCUUCCCCAAGGGAGUCACACCGUGGCUGGUAGCCUGAACCUCCCCCCCCACAGAAAGUAAAGCUGUUGCUUGUUGUUACUUUAUUGUGGUGAUGCCUGCAGAGGGUCAGCAGGUUUUAUUCACCGUUGCACUCACGAGGCUCGGCCACACGUCUCCAGACAAGAGAGGAGGGAAAAGCUCGGCGGGCACUGACAGGAAAAUGUUGGGUUUUCUGGGGUUUUUUUGGACGGGCAGUGCUUCAGGAAAACCCUCCUCUGAGCGUAGGAAUGGAUUCUGAGCCUCAUCGGUCUCCAUGGAGACCAGCUGGACACUUCGAGGUCUACUGAGAGCGUUGCCAGAAUGCAAUCAUCUAUUAUUUUUCUUCUUUUAUUUGCUCUCAUUCUUACACAUUGUGUAUUUUGUGUAUAAUAGCCUUUGGUGCCUCAAGCUUUUAUUCAUUCCUUUUUAUCAGAAAUGUACAACUUUAUAUCAUGUUCCGAGUCAGUAGGAAAGGUGUUUGAUUUCAGAAAAGGUUGGAUUGACACUGUUUUUCACACGAACUGUUGGAUUAGCAUGUAGCUUCACCUUCAGCCACCUCGAGUGAACAUCCAGCAUUGUUGCAAAUAUGCUAUUUUUUCUUUUGGUGAUAUGGAUUAUUAUUUGUACAGUGUUGUCAGUUCGCUGCAUGUUACAGUUACGGAUUUCUUAAAUGUUGAGAAUGAGCGUUGAUUUUAAGGGAGUGCAUCCGAAGCGUUUCUUUCAAGCAUCGGAUUUAGCUGAACACACAGUAGCUGGUAUCUCACUGCUCUUUUACACCUCGUUUAUCGUCUUAAAUCGGUAGAAAAACACGCAAGAAAAGCUCAGUUUGACAGAUUAGUUACGCAGCAGCUGGACAUUCCUUAUCCGAUGGAGCAACAGGUUUAUUUUUCACCAUGUUUCUUGCAUUCAAAUUGCCUUUUGACAUAGUCGCUGCUAUGCAAGGUGAUGCCAUAUUUUUUUUUCGAUAUUACAAAUAUGCAUUUACUGUAAGAGCAGAUGUGAACAUUUUAUUGUGAUGUAGCAGCAAAGACAGAUUUACUUCCAUUUUUUUUUUAGAUUCUACAGCUCAUCUCAUUAGCAAAGAAUGGAUCUGUAUAGAUUAUAAUGGUGCUAUCAGAUGGUAGGUCAACAGCAGCUCAGUGGAAGAAAUACACAACAGGUUUCUUUAUUGUUUAUUGGAGGGGUUUUUUUUGUGCAUAUAUUUUGUGUCUCAGCAUUUUAAGUGGUACAUUAUUUAUUUUUCUAUAAUUUCUUAAAUGAAGGCAUUUCUCUUUUUUGUUUCUUUCUUCGGUUCUAAACAGCAUUCCUUUUUGGCUUCCGAUGUCGAUAUGAAGAAAUAAAUUUUGGUGAAAACGGUUAUGCAAAAUGGUGCGACGUGAAGAAAGACCAGUGUGUGUUCACUGUGUGUUUUCUUACAGGCCUUACCAUGACAUGCAUCAUUUUUUAUUUUCAUUUUGUGCGUCAAAAAGUAAAAGAAUUAAAAAGCUAACUAUGGCAACAAGCGGCCUGAAUGCGGACAGGCCCCCAGCCAAUGCAACCGUGUACAGUUACAGAUUUGACAGCCUUUUUCUCACGCUUUCUCUCUUUUCUCUCUCUCUCUCUUUGCAUUGAAUGUAGUUUGAUAUCUGUAUAGUGGAUUAUUAAUGUACUGUUGACAUGUGUGCUCAUUUUGACAUAAAGUGCAAUUUAUACUUUGGUUAAUGUGUGUAGCAUCAAAUGCAGCUUAGACCUCUACAGCUCCAUUUGUUCAGUCAUGCUACUCCUGUGUACCACUACCUGGAAAGAAAAAUGUUUAUUUACCAGAAGAAACUUAUAUAAACCUUGAAGUAAAUCUCAAUUGACACGAUUUUUUUCUGCUUGUCCCUUCACGUAUGUUUUCAAGUGUUAUUUCCAUGACUUAAUAUGUUUUUGCAAUGUGUUUUUUUGUUUUGAUUUCCAGCCUUUGUUACAGCAUUUGAUCUCACAAGGUGCUGUAUCUUUAGCAUGUGCAGCUAUUUUUUUUAAUAGAUUUGUUUUUUAUUCGGUUGAUCUUUUGGUUUGUGUUCCUUUGUUGACGUUUCGACUUUAGUGCCAAAAUAUUUCAAACAUUUAUUUCCAUUUUGGUAUCAACAGAUGAUCUGUUUAUUUGUAUUACUUUUUGUAUUUUUUUGCAGAAAUCAUCAGAGAUUCUCUGAAAAACACAUCCUUUGGCCCCAGUUCACUUUAAGAGUAAAAGUAUUGUAGGAUAAUUGAGUUACAUGCAUUGUUCUUUUGCAUUAUUGUCAAAGAAAUUGAUGUUUUGUCUAAAAAUCCUACACUUCUCUCCUGUCAGUUGCACUGCAGCCUUACGGAAAAAGGUAUAUUGCCACAUACUUUCCAGAACAAAAAUGCAGACUGUAGCAAAAAUAGUAAUAAUAAUAAAACAAAAUCCACUUUGUGGCUUAUGAGUUCUGAUUAUAUUUUUUGGGGUCGUGGUAAAUGUUCAGUUUCUGUUCUGCAUUUGUUUUUGUUUUUUUUACCCACUUGAUUGACAUUUCUUUGAGGACCCUUGUGUUCACACAUAUUUCAAGUUGACAUUUCAUUUGACUGUACUGUUGGAGCCAAAUAAACAGUCUUUCAAAAACA